AUUUUGCUUCCUCAUUUUUUUUCCUUCAUUUUUAUUUUGCAUAAAAAGUGUGUGAAGAAAGGCAAGUCAAUAAGAGAAGAGAAGAACAGACAUGGGCCAAUGUUCAUCGACGACAAAGAUGAGGAGAAAGAGGAGAAGGGAAGAAGAAGAAGGUUACAGAGAAUCUUCAGCGGAAAAGAGUAGAGGAUGUUUAGCGAUGGUGAAUGAAAGGCGUUCUAGGUUUUACAUCGCCAGGAGAUGUAUUCUUAUGUUACUUUGCUGGCACAAAUACGCUAACUCUUGAUUAUCAGGUUUUUUUUUUGUGUUUUUAUUAUUACCAAGUAAAAAUAAAACAAACACGUACA